AUGUACUUUGUAUCCCUCAAUGCUGGAGAACUGUAUUACCUGAGACUGUUGCUAACCAUUGUUGCGGGUGCAGAUUCAUUUGACAGUCUAAGAACGGUGAACGGUGAAUUGUGCCAUACAUUCAAGAAAGCGUGCAUAAUACUUGGGUUACUAGAACAUGAAGGAGAAUGGCUAGCACUUCUUGAAGAGGUCGUGGAUAUCCAUACAGGAAGUCAGUUAAGAAAGCUAUUCAAAAUCGUCUUAUCUGAUUGUAACCCAACAGAACCAGAACUUCUGUGGGCCAAGUUUGGCGGUAAGGAAUUACAAAAUUAUUCUGACAUGCCAUUAUCAAAAGGAAAUUGGGGCAAGGUAGUUGGAAACAGGUUGAUACAUGAGCAUAAGAAACUAGAGCUUGCAAUACAACAACCAGAACUUCGAAAAAAUAUUGCAAGCUUGAACCGAGAACAGUUAUCGGCGUACAAGGACAUAUUGGAGUCUGUCCAAAAAAGGGAUGGUCGGUCACUUUUUCUGAAUGGCAGUGCAGGAACAGGAAAAACAUUCCUAUAUAAUACAGUAGUUGCAAGUUUCCGAUUCAAUGGUGACAUAGUCCUGACUGUUGCAUCAUCAGGUAUUGCUUCACUACUUUUAGUGGGGGUCAGAACUUCAUAUUCAAUUUUUAGAAUUCUAAUAGAGAUCAACGAAAGCAGUGUACGUCCAAUAGCUAAACAAACUAUAGAAGUUGCACUUCUUAAAGAAGUAAAGCUAAUUAUAUGGGAUGAAGUUCCAAUGCAGCUGAUCGAAUUUUAUAUAGUGGUUGGGUCAAUAUUAGAAGAUAAAAUAGGAUUCCCUUCAUCCGUAAAUAGAUGCAAAGACAUGAAAGAGUUGAUAUCCAAACUGUAUCCUUCAUUAGGUACAUGUAACCAGGUAUCACCUGAAGAGUUAACUGAGAGGAUCAUUUUAUCAGCACGUAAUGAUGAUGUUAACGAUAUUAACAUGGAAGCCCUAAACAUUUUGGAUGGAGAUACAUACACUUAUUUAGAUGCAGAUAAAUUGAAUCCAGAUGAGAGUGGAAAAAUCCCACAUUACAGCAGCGAAUUCCUACAGAAUCUGAAUCCACCAGGAAUGCCUCUAUUCAAGUUAACUCUUAAAAUUGGAUGUCCAGUUAUUCUGAUGAGAAAUCUAUCCCCAUCAGAGGGUCUUUGCAAUGGUACUAGAUUAUUGGUUACUAAAUGUGGUAGACAUGUAAUUCAAGCCAAAAUUCUAACCGGACAAAAAGCAGGGGACACAGUAUUGCUACCAAGAAUAUCAUUUCAACCAUCGGUCUCAGAAUUAAAUAUAAACAUGUUGAGGCGUCAGUUUCCAGUUCGAGUAGCUUAUGCAAUGACAAUCAAUAAAUCACAGGGACAGUCUUUAGAGUAUGUUGGGAUCGAUCUAAAAACUCCUGUUUUCAGCCAUGGCCAACUUUACGUGGCUUUAUCAAGAUGCACUGCCGCCAAAAGAAUAAUAGUACUCCUUGAAGAAGAUACUGAGACACUAGAAACAACAAAAAUUGUAUUUCCAGAAGUUUUAUUGUAA